AUGAGUUCUGGGAUGGCCGUGCGGAGGGGCGAGUGCGGGGAACACGUCCGUGCGCUCACAGCUGCUGCAGGAGGGCGUGUGCGUGUUGUGACCACAGCGACAGUGCGGCGACAGCUGUGCGAGCCGGAGCCCGUGCUCACGGACCGCAAUCCGGCAGACACCGCACACAGGGAGAAUCGCUUCCCCUGCCUCCUCUCCAGUGAGCGGCUCACCAACAUCCCCGCUGCACGGCUCCGGAGCCUUCAGAAUCCGGAAGGCGGUUUCCGCGGCCAGCUGCAGCCACCGGCGACCUGUGACCGGCCCAAGACGCCGCUCCCUGAGGGUAAACUCACCCUGGCUCAGCCUCCUUCCAAACCCUCUGGGAGUUUCCUCCCGCAGGCCAACCACAGCACCGGGGAGCGCUUCCUCCUGCUGGGUUUCUCCGACUGGCCCGCGCUGCAGCCCGGCCUCUUCGCCCUCGUCCUGCUCUGCUACCUCCUGACCCUGGCGGGCAACUCGACCCUCGUGCUGCUGGCCGUGCGCGACCCGCGCCUGCACACACCCAUGUACUACUUCCUGGGCCACCUGGCGCUGGUGGACGCGGGCUUCACGACGAGCGUGGCGCCCGCGCUGCUGGCCAGCCUGUGCGGCGCGGAGCUGUGGCUGCCCCGCGCGGGCUGCCUGGCCCAGCUGUGCGCGUCGCUGGCGCUGGGCUCCGUGGAGGGCCUGCUGCUGGCGGUGAUGGCGCUGGACCGCGCGGCCGCCGUCGUGCACCCGCUGCGCCACGCCGAGCUCGCCUCCCCGCGCCGGUGCCGCGCGCUGGCCUGCGCCUCCUGGCUGGGCGGCCUGGCCAACUCCGCCGCGCAGAGCGCGCUCCUGGCCGCACGGCCGCUGUGCGCGCCCCGCCGGCUGGACCACUUCAUCUGCGAGCUCCCCGCGCUGCUGCAGCUGGCCUGUGGCGGUGACCGCGACGCCACCGAGCGCCGGAUGUUCGCUGCGCGCGUGGUCAUCCUGCUGCUGCCGUCCGCCGUCAUCCUGGCCUCGUACGGCGCCGUGGCCCGCGCCAUCUGCGGCAUGCGCUCCCGGGGCGGCCGCAGCAAAGCGCUGGGCACGUGCGGGUCCCACCUGACCGCCGUCUGCCUCUUCUACGGCUCGGCCAUCUACACCUACCUACAGCCCACGCGCCGCUACGACCAGGGCCGGGGCAAGUUCGUUUCGCUCUUCUACACCGUGGUCACCCCGGCGCUCAACCCGCUCAUCUACACCCUCAGGAACAAGCACGUGAAGGGGGCCGCCAGGAAGCUCCUGCGCAGUGUGGGGGGAGGGCAGGCUGGGCGGUGAGUGCGGGGCGGGGGCGGGAGGAAGGGGUGAGCCGCGGGCCACGGAUGGGAAUGUGCAUUGGGAAGGCAGCGAGCCCUCGGCCUGUCCGUUUCCCUGUGAGAAUGGGCAACAUGUGUCCUCAGGGAGUCGGAGGUCCGUGGGGAGGCCCCAUUCUCCGCUCCCCUCCCCAAUGUUCCUCUGCUUCAGGGCAAAUCCCGCUA